AUGCUCAGUAUGUGUAUCAAUCUGCAGGACCUUUUGUCAUCCUCACGUCAUGUUGAGGAAGGGCUCAGAGCUGCUGAAAGGAGACCGAGAUGUCCUCCUGGAUCUGGACUAUGGGGGUGAAGCCCAAACCACAGACAGCUAUGGAAGUCUGCAGAAUGGGUGCUUCAUCCCGCCAAGAUAUUUCUCAGCCGCAGCUUGUGAUGAUGAUGCGGAUAGGGAUGAUAAUGACCCAAUCGAUAUUCACUUCAAUACAAGAAGUACCCAGCCGGUUCCACAGCCAGGGAAUUACUUCAGAGAUGGAAGAACCAAAAUUGACUUUGUGCUGGUGUGGGAGGUUCGCUCUCGAAGGAAACGGCGAGGCAAAGGGAGGGACAGGGAUGAGGUGACUGGUGAGGACGGGGAGGCUGCGCCCACUGAGGAAAAUAGCAGGUCUGCACGAAGGAAGGCACAGCUGGCACAGUGGCGGGAGAAGUUUGUUCAGAAUCUAGAGGUUGCUGGAUUGCUGAUGGAGAAGGAGGAAACUGCAAAUGAAAAAAAAACAGUACACUUUCUGAAACUUAGUGCUCCUUGGGAUGUGAUGGUGUAUUAUGCUGAGGAGCUCUGCCUGAGAGCUCCAUUACAGGCACAACCAAAUGUGGACUUAAACGCGUCUGCUCGGGUACUGAAAAGACUAUGCAUACCUAACGCAAUGACAGAGUCAGUACCAAACAGGCCGUUGGAUUAUUACACAUGUGCCUUUCGCAAGUCAAAGAUGAACAGAUUCCUUGGCUGUGACAACCAUGAAACCUACUUCACUAAUAUACAGAGACACCGUGUAGUGUAUGAGAUUCUUGCCGGGACGGUGUACGGCAAAAGGAAGAGGGCAGAGGUUGGCGUGGACAGACUUGUAAAUGAAGGGGCGUACACUGCAGCUUUCCCCCUGCACGAGGGCCCUUUUCAGCUUCCUAGAUAUGAAAUCCGUCCUGACGAGUUGAACCAGAGGCAGAUUCUUUACCACUACUGGGCCCGCUGGUGGAAAUGGUACAAGUACCAACCACUGGACCACAUCAGGGAGUACUAUGGAGAGAAGAUUGCCCUCUACUUUGCCUGGCUGGGUUACUACACAGCCUGGCUGCUCCCUGCGGCAUUGGUUGGCACCCUGGUCUUUGUGUCUGGAGUCAUGUCCAUGGGCACUAACACACCAGCUAAAGAAAUCUGUAACAGCGGAGCUAGUUAUCAGAUGUGUCCUCUCUGUAAAACAUGUACGGCCUGGAAAUUGUCUGAAAUCUGCACCAUGGCCAAGCUGGGCUACCUGUUUGACCACCCAGGCACAGUCCUCUUCAGUGUGUUCAUGUCCUUCUGGGCAGUAACAUUCCUGGAGUACUGGAAGAGAAAGAUGGCCACCCUGGCCCAUCACUGGGACUGCAUGGACUUCCAUGAAGAAGAGGAGCGACCUCGACCAGAAUUUGCAGCUAUGGCACCGAGUAUGGAACAAAACCCAGUGACUGGAGUCAAAGAGCCCUACUUUCCAGAGAAGACCAGACUGUCCCGCAUGUUCACUGGCUCCAUGGUCAUCAUUAUGAUGCUGUGUGUGGUGAUGAUCUUCCUGGUGACGGUCGUCAUGUGCCGCGGUAUCAUCAGCAUGAUGAUGUUCCAUACUGGGAGUCCCGUCCUGCGCACAGAGGCAGGUACCAUUGCCAACAUCUCCAGCAGUAUUGUAAAUCUAGGCCUAAUCCUGUUGAUGGGCCGCGUCUACACUGCAUUAGCUGAGCAGCUCACUAAAUGGGAGAUGCACCGAACACAAACCCAGUAUGACAAUGCCCUCAUCUUCAAGGUGUACAUCUUCCAGUUUGUCAAUUUCUACUCGUCACCUUUCUAUGUGGCUUUCUUUAAAGGAAGGUUUGUUGGUUACCCUACCAACUAUGGGACCUUGUUUGGGAUGAGAAAUGAAGACUGUGGUCCUGGUGGCUGUCUCAUUGAACUGGCUGAACAACUCUUCAUCAUCAUGGUGGGAAAGCAACUCAUCAACAACAUUCAGGAGUUCAUUUUACCUAAAGUGAAGGCCUGGCGCCAGAAGAGGUCUUUGGCUAAGGUGUUCGGGGGUAAGGCAUCCCAUGAACCUCAGCGCUGGGAGGAAGACUACCAGCUGGUGGAGUGUGAAGGCCUUUUCGAAGAGUACCUGGAGAUGGUGCUCCAGUUCGGGUUCAUCACCAUCUUCGUGGCUGCGUUCCCCCUCGCUCCGCUCUUCGCCCUCCUCAACAACUGGGUGGAGAUCCGUCUGGACGCCCACAAGUUUGUGUGCGAGUACCGCCGGCCCGUAGCCGAGCGAGCCCAGAACAUCGGAGUCUGGUUCAACAUUCUGGAAGCCCUGUCACACCUGUCCGUUAUCGCCAAUGCUUUCCUAAUCGCCUUCACAUCAGAUUUCUUACCUCGCCUCCUCUACCAGUACAAGUUUGAUAAUGAUCUCAGUGGAUACGUCAAUUUCACACUGGCUUACGCCCCGCUUAACUACUCAGAUGACCCCAUGUGCAGAUAUAAAGCAUUCAGAGACAACAAUGGAAACUACUCACUCUUCUACUGGGAACUCCUUGCUGUCAGACUUGGUUUUAUCAUUGCUUUUGAGCAUGUAGUGUUCUUUGUACUGCGAGCCAUCGACUGGAUCGUACCUGAUGUCCCCGAAUCCCUGGAGCUGAAGAUUAAGAGGGAGCGCUACCUGGCCAAGCAAGCUCUGACCGAAAAUCAGGAGGCCCUGUUGGUGAGUCGAGGCCGAGGUGCCGCCCCUGUCUCUCCAGGCACCUCCAGCCCAGGUCAGUAGAACAUGGGACACACACACACACACACAAUGCAGUUCAACACACACAUCCAUAAAACCUUACA